UAGGCCAAAAAAAAUCUCACAUUUUUUUUUUUCAUUUUUCCAACAAAAACUAAUUCAAGAAAAUCCAACCUGACCUUAUUGGUGGAACUUCUGUACCAGCACAUUUUUACUUGUGCUAUUCUGCUGUCAAAUCAACACACACUCACCUAUCACAUUUGUCUCAUUUCCAUAUUAAAUGGUUGCAAUCAAUUACAACUUCAACCUUCUGUUUGGUGUCUUCUUCGAAGCAUCAGAUUUAUUAUUAGAUACAGAGUACAAUGAACCGCUUUUACUGAGUCUUAAACUACAAAUUUUAGCUACCCACGUAACUCUAAGAUCCAUAAAUAAAUAAUUUAUAUCACCCUUUCCAAAAUUUCAACUUAUAACCAGUUUCUUGAUUUUUAAUAUGGAUAAGGGAAGAUUUUCAGAGAACUGCAAAAAUUCAGAUGAUGAUGAUCUUGGGUAUGUUGAAACUGACCCUACUGGUCGUUAUGGACGUCCUUAAAAUGGUUUUGAUGAUGGUAUUCGGGCUGUUCAGCUAUGGCUGGAACUUAUUUUGGAGGAAGUAUUGGGGAAAGGAGCAAUGAAAAAAGUGUAUAGGGCAAUUGAUGAGUUGCUAGGUAUGGAAGUGGCAUGGAGUCAAAUUAAACUUAAUGAUGUGCUUCAAUCACCAGAGGAUAUAGAGAGGCUUUAUUCUGAAGUUCAUCUGCUUAGCACCCUCAAUCAUCCUUCUAUCAUGAGAUUCUAUACUUCUUGGAUCGACGUCGAAAAGAGGACCUUUAAUUUCAUUACCGAGAUGUUCACUUCCGGUACUCUCCACGGAUAUAGAAAGAAAUAUCAGCGAGUAGAUAUUCGAGCUGUAAAGAUUUGGGCACGCCAAAUUCUGGAAGGUCUCGUUUAUUUACAUGAACAUGAUCCGCCAGUGAUCCAUCGAGACCUUAAAUGUGAUAACAUAUUUGUUAAUGGUCAUCUUGGACAAGUAAAGAUUGGGGACCUGGGGUUGGCAGCAAUUCUUCGUGGAUCACAUAGAGCACACAGUGUUAUAGGAACACCUGAGUUCAUGGCACCAGAAUUAUACGACGAGAACUAUAAUGAGCUUGUUGAUGUAUAUUCAUUUGGCAUGUGCAUGCUGGAGAUGCUUACUGGUGAAUAUCCAUAUAGUGAAUGUGUUAACCCCGCGCAAAUAUACAAGAAAGUGAUAUCUGGUAAGAGGCCAAGGGCAUUUUAUAAAGUCCAAGACUUGGAUGCACAAAGGUUUAUCCGGAAAUGCUUGGAGCCAGCAUCAAAGAGAUUAUCAGCUAAAGAACUAAUGCUUGAUCCGUUCCUCAUGUUUGAUGAUGUUGAUGGUGAGUCGGUUACAAUGAUGCGACUUCAAAAGCCUAUCUUGAAUGAUAAAAUUUCUAUUGAGGACCUCCACUUGAAUGACGAUGUUCCAAGGACUAAUAUGACCAUCACCGGGAAAUUGAACUCUGAAGAUGAUACCAUUUUCCUUAAAGUGCAGAUUGCAGAUAAAGAAGGUGAUGUUAGGAAUGUGUAUUUCCCAUUCGACACUCUGACCGACACUCCCGCGGAGGUUGCAAAUGAAAUGGUGAAGGAAUUAGAAAUUACAGAUUGGAAGCCAUGUGAAAUAGCUAAUAUGAUUGAUGGAGAAAUAUCUGGCCUGGUACCUCAAUGGAAGAAAUGGAAUCAGUUUGAAUCCGUUGAUUACCAUGUACUAGGCUAUAAGGAUGAUGAUAACGAUCGCCAUAACCCUUUCCAAGGUUUCUCUUCUUCUUCAUCUUCCCAAGUGUCGUUGUCAGGUGAUAUGUUUGAUGACACGAGCUCUCAAAGCUCGUCACACACUGCAAAUUAUUCCAACUUCAAUUAUUUCUCUGAUGAUGAGAAUGAUCGUGUGACAGCCUCUACAAGACAAAGUCAGCCAGCUAAUGCAAUUAGUCACCACACGUCCCGGUUCUGUCCCGAGGAAAACUCAAGCAUCGGGCACUCUUUGGGAAGAACAUGUUACAAACAAUGCAAAGGUAUGGUAGAAUUAGAAGGAAAAACUUCUUCCACUUCUAAAGGGAAGGGAAGACUAACUAGGAACAGGUCCUUAGUGGAUAUGCGAAGCCAAUUGUUGCACAAGUCAUUAGUGGAGGAAGUGCACAAGAGACGAAUGUUCAAGACAGUUGGUGCUGUGGAAAAUAUCGGGUUUCAACAACCUUACGAGGAUUUGAAGAGGAUCCCUCGAUCGAAGAAUUGUACGUAUACCAUGAAAUUGUCGAGUGAUGGUAAGGGACAAGGUCACAAACCAAGAAGACAUUGAUUUCUCUCCUCCAAAAUAUGUUUUUUCUUAAAUUCUAAGGUACGAGUAUAUAUCUAUACAUAUCUUAGUUUUAAGCAGAUCCGAGUUUUGAAUUAGGCAGCUGAUGUAAAUGACAAUAAAAGUGGUUGUUCGAAUGUUGUACAUUUGUACAUUAAAGCAAUGCAACAAUAAACACCCUCUUGCGUUUA